AUGUCGGUCCAGGCUCGAAAGCGUCGUAACCGGAUUUCUGCUCUUCGUAAUGAUUCAGACCAGUGGGUUCAGUCUCCUCAUGCUCUCCGCUCUUUAAUUCUCAACUUCUAUUCCGAUGUGUAUCAGGUUUGCAGAGCAACCUCUUCCUAUCUUGAUGUUGACUGGGAUGAUCUUCAAUUGCCCAGACUUUCUCAGGAUCAGGUUCAGGGUCUUCUAUGUCCGUUCUCUGAGGCCGAUAUUAGGGAGGCCAUGUUCAGUAUUGCUAGUGAUAAGUCACCCAGGCCGGACGGCUUUUCUGCGGCUUUUUUUAAGAUCCAUUGGGAUACGGUUGGCGCUCAUGUUGUUUUGGCUGUUCAGUACUUCUUUGCCCAUGGUUUUAUGUUGAAGAAUUGGAACCGGACAUAUUUGUUCCUAUUACCCAAGGUGGAUCAUCCUGAGGAGAUAUCCCAGUAUCGACCAAUUGGCCUUUGUAAUGUCAUCUACAAAUGUAUUGCCAAGUGUCUCACUCAUCGUCUCCAGGGGGUGAUGUCUUCUCUUAUUUCGGAUACCCAAAAUGCCUUUGUUCCCGGUCCACUUAUGUCUGAUGAUUGUUUGUUAGCGCAUGAGUUGAUCACGUUUGUCAAUAACUGCCGAAACAAGAGGAUGUGUUAUGUUCCGAUUAAGUUGGACAUAAAUAAGGCUUAUGAUAGAGUGCUGUGGGAUUUCCUGUUUAAGGUUCUUGCGAUGUUUGGUUUUCCCCCUUACUGGAUUCAUAUUAUUAAGCAGUGUGUGUCAACGGUCUCGUAUCAGGUCUUGGUAAACGGUGGGCCGACUUCUUCCUUUCAACCUCAUUGCGGCCUGCGUCAAGGGGAUCCUCUUUCCCCUUACUUUUUAGUCGUCUCGGGCCAACUUGUAAAUUUCCAGAAGUCCUUUGUUAAGUUUAGUUCUAACACCCCGAAGCAUUAUCGUGAUUUCGUUUCCGCUGCUCUGAGGUUAGGUAAACGGUCUCAUUUAGGGAAAUAUUUGGGGGUUCAGGUGGAUUUGGGCAGGUCAAAAUGCUCGGCCUUUUAUGACAUGGUUGACACGAUUGUUCGUCGGAUUUCUAAUUUUGCGUCGUUGCGACUCUCCGCGGCGGCAAAGCUAGUUUUGAGUAAUUCAGUGCUUGUGGCCUCUAUUUCCCAUGUCCUAUCAGUGUUUAAGAUACCUCAGACCAUCUGCGACAGAAUUGAUCAGUUAUGCCUCCGGUGGCGCACCUUAGCUUCUUCCUCUGGGAUGGUUCUGCGCCCCGCCGCUUUGUUUUAUUUACCAAAAGGUAUGGGGGGUCUAGGUAUUCGACGACUUAGUUGUUUUAAUCAAGCUCUUCUUGGAAGGCAGGCUUGGAGGCUCCUGCACCAGCCUCAGUUGCUUUUAUCUCGUCUCUAUCAGGCUAGGUAUCCUCGGAUGUUAGCUACUGGGGCUGCGAUUCCUUUCCGCCCUUCUUGGGGUUCCCGGGGAAUUAUGGCGGGUGCUCAAGUUCUUUUUCAAGGGAUGAUUUGGAAGGUUGGUUCCGGGUCUCGGGUACGGAUCACUCUGGAUUCGUGGGUCCCGGAUGUUCAGGUUUCUUUUAAACCUUCUAUGCUUGAGUCGGAUGUCCCAACUCUCGUUUCUUAUUUAAUUGAUCCGCGUUCUUACGCGUGGGAUGUUUCUGUGGUUCAGAGGCUGUUUGAUAAUUUCACGUCCAGUGCUAUUCUGGCUCUGGGAAGGCCUCCUACUCCCAUGGAUGAUUUUGUUUGCUGGAAACAUUUCUGGGGUCUUCGGAUUCACCCAAAGUUUAAGAUUUUUGUUUGGAAACUACUUCAUAAUGCUUUGCCAGUUGCCGCCCUUCUUUUUGAUCGCGGUCUUCCCGUGGAUCCUAAGUGUUCUUUUUGCUAUUCAUCUCUGGAGUCGGUGGCUCACUUAUUCAGAGACUGUCCUUGUCUUAGUGUCUGGUGGGCUACCUCUUCAGGGGCACGCUUGAAGUAG